CGCCCGCCCCCUGACCACCACCCCCCCUGGUGGCGAUGACCCCCUUGGGAGAGAAGGGGAGCCCCUGUGCUCUCCUCGCCCUCUGCCUGCUGGGACUGCUGGUCCUGCUGGUUGUGGAUGGAGCUCACGGCCGGCCUUUUGAGGAUGAGGAUUACUACAUGCAGGAGCUGCUUUCGCGGGAGCAUUACUACCAUGCCCCUGAGGAGCCCGUGGCCACCCCAGAGGCUCCGGACCGGGGGGCAGACGACCGCGUGAACCUCAGAGCGGCCAAGAAGGAGCCAAAGAACAGGGAGAAGGAGAACCGGCCCAACAAAGCGGCAGCAGGAAAGAAUGGAAACAAUAAGGUUGAGAAAAACAAAAAAGGCGGGAUGAAAAACAGCAUCAAUGAAGGAGAGAACCACUUCAAGCCUGUCAAGGAGGAAUGUCCCCCCAUGGGACUGGAAACCCUGAAAAUAGAUGACUUUCAGCUUCAUGCCUCCACGAUGAGCCGCUACAGCUUGGGACCGCAUCGAGGACGCCUCAACAUCCAGGCCGGGAUCUAUGAAGACGAGUUCUACGAAGGCGGCUGGUGUGCGGGCAGGAACGACCCCAUGCAGUGGUUCGAGGUGGACGCCAGGAGGCUCACAAAGUUCACAGGUGUCAUCACGCAGGGCAGGAGUUCCCUCUGGUCAAGUGACUGGGUGACAUCGUACCGAGUGCUGGUCAGCAAUGACAGCCACACGUGGGUCACCCUGAAGAACGGAUCCCAGGACUUGAUUUUCACAGGGAACAGGGAGAAGGAGAUCCCGGUGCUGUGCGAGUUCCCGGCGCCGGUGAUGGCGCGCUAUAUACGCGUGAACCCGCGAUCGUGGUUCAGUGGCGGCAGCGUCUGCAUGCGGGUGGAGAUCCUGGGGUGUCCCAUGCCAGACCCCAAUAAUUAUUAUCGCAGGAGAAAUGAAAUAACAACCACAGAUAAUCUGGACUUCAAACAUCACAGUUACAAAGAGAUGCGGCAGCUGAUGAAGAUCGUCAAUGAAAUGUGCCCAAACAUCACAAGGAUCUACAACAUUGGCAAGAGCUUCAAUGGCCUUAAACUUUACGCCAUCGAGAUAUCUGACAACCCAGGGGAGCACGAGCUGGGUGAGCCGGAAUUCCGCUACACUGCCGGUUCCCAUGGCAACGAGGUGCUGGGUCGGGAGCUGCUGCUGCUACUGAUGCAGUUCAUGUGCCAGGAGUACCUGGCUGGAAACCCACGCAUACGCCACCUAGUGGAGGAGACGCGCAUCCACCUGCUCCCCUCCGUCAACCCCGACGGCUACGAGAAGGCCUUCGAAGUGGGCUCGGAACUGGGUGGCUGGUCUCUGGGCCGUUGGAGUCAGGAUGGCCUGGACAUCCAUCACAACUUUCCGGACCUGAACUCCAUCCUCUGGGAGGCCGAAGUGAGGAAGCUGCCCUUGCGGAAAGUCCUCAACCAUCACAUCCCCAUCCCAGACUGGUACCUGGCAAAGAAUGCCACGGUUGCCGUGGAGACGCGGGCGCUGAUCGCCUGGAUGGAGAAGAUCCCCUUCGUGCUCGGGGGCAACCUGCAGGGCGGCGAGCUGGUGGUGACCUACCCCUACGACCGGACACGCUUCCGCAGCAAGACGCGGGAGGCCACGCCCACCCCGGACGACCUCGUUUUCCGCUGGCUGGCCUUCUCGUACGCCUCCACGCAUCGCCUGAUGACGGACGCCAGCCGGCGAGUUUGUCACACGGUGGAUUUCGCAAAGGAGGACGGGACCGUCAACGGGGCCUUCUGGCACACGGCUGCAGGGAGUAUGAAUGAUUUCAGCUACUUGCACACCAACUGCUUCGAGAUGUCCAUGUUCGUGGGCUGCGACAAAUUCCCCCACCAGAGCGAGCUCCCCGACGAGUGGGAGAACAACCGCGAAUCCUUGCUCGUCUUCAUGGAGCAGGUGCAUCGUGGGAUUAAAGGCGUGGUGAGGGACACGCAAGGCCGGGGCGUCGCCAACGCCGUCGUCUCCGUGGAGGGAAUCAACCACGACGUCCGCACAGUGGCCGACGGAGACUACUGGCGUUUGCUGAACCCCGGGGAGUACAAGGUAAUUGUCAGGGCCGACGGCUACACCUCCACCAGCAAAGUGUGCGAGGUUGGCUACGAAAUCGGGGCCACGCGAUGCGACUUCGUCAUCACCCGCACCAACCUGUCACGCAUCAAAGAGAUCAUGGAUAAAUUUAACAAGCAGCACGGUGACAGCCACCUGCCUGUCAGGCGGCCCCGGCAGCCCCGCCCACAACGACGGCGCGGAACAUAGGCAUGGGGGCAUGCCGCGCUUACUGGGACAGACUGGACCCAUCAUAUAAAGGACUGGGAAGCUGACACCAAAUGUCCCACCCCUCCCUGACUGGAUUUCUCAAUGAUUUUAUGCAAAUUAUGGUGAGACCUGUGGAAAAAAAUGGAAGCAAUGAAAAAACAGAGAAAUCCACAUGUGAGAGCUGUUUCGUUCAAACAGGUGAAAUGCAUCUUUAAAAAGAGACAGUUUCUACCCUUCAACUCUAAAAUACACAUUCGUAUAACAAUUGGCUGUUAUGGUAACCGAAUGACAGUUAUGCUGAAUGCUAGUCCGUCUUUUGUGGUUCCUUGUCCAUUCUUCCAGAAAAGUUAUAAUCCCUUCAGUCUGACGGAUACAUUGUCUCACACAAAGCUUACUCUAAGCAUUUAUAGAACUUAUUAAUUAUAAUAAGGCGAUGUACGGGAUUGAAUGCUUGAAGAAGAGUCAGACAGUGGCUGAUGCUCCUGUCCAGUAACUGCCACACACUGAAUCUGACCCUAGUUUGGCGUUUGCUGAAAUGCAAGCCCUGUUGUCAUCGUGAAAAUUAGUUCAUAUACAGCCGCUGCACUGAGGUGACAUCAGUUGAAACGCUGAACAGAAAAGCUACAUUCUGCAGCAUCCGGUUUCCUUGUGAUUGUCUCGUAUGUUUCAUGUAGCACCUUGUGAGUUAUAACGAGGUAACUGCCAGCGUGUAUCAUUUUUUACAAAAGUAUUAGCCCCUCUUGACCCCUCUCCCUGAGAUUAUUUAUCAGAAUUAUACUUACAGAGACCAGAGACGUAUCUUUAAGUCUAAGUUAAGAUUUCAGACAUGUCGUACUUCUGUACAAAGGCGUGUCUUUGUACUGAAAUGUCCUUCUCAUUUGAGGGUUAAUUGUUCUCAUUUGUGUCAGUUUAUUACGUAUGUUGUUCACAACUUAAUUUAUAUCCACAGUAUAAAUGGUAUGAUGUAUUCAUUAUGUAAAAUAUGUAUUGUCUAUAAUGUUACUGUUUUCAAAUCUUUAACAAAUCUGAGCAUAAAUUAGCAGCAGCUUGUCUUGUUGUAGCUAAGAUGGCUGUAUGGUAUUAACUGUCUGGGGUUUGCUCCAUUAGCUUCAGGACUCUAACGGACGAUUCGUCUUGAGUCCUAGAAUAUCCUCGACCGUAUCUCCAAGAUACAGACGGUACAGACGGUUAACGGUAAAUUCAAGAAAAAUGCCGAAAAUUAAUGUGUAUGUAGAAAAAUAUAUAUAUAAAAAGGAAAAAAAAUGGGAAAUGCAUCCUAGAGCAUUCAACUGUGGCAUUAGUUCUCAGAUACGUCUCAUUUUUCAGAGGGGAAAUCAUUUAUUCUGAAGUUGGUCUAAGAUAUAAGCGACAGAGAGGCUUGAUGAAUGAUCAUCUUAUUGUCAUACUGAGCAGUACUAUACAAUUCUACGUGUUAUAUGCAAUAAACAUUUUAUACACAUCAACAAAA